AUGAAUUUAGUUUUAAUAUAUGGUCUCACUUCACUGUUGGUUUGCAACUUAAUAAAGGGCAAAGAAUCUAAUCCUUAUCUUGAAGCUCUCGGUCAAAAACAAUGGAAGAGUGUUCACAAAUAUGUAGAGGUGCGUCCUGGCGCAUUUCUUUUUUAUUGGUUUUAUUUUGCUGAUGGUACUGUUUACGAGGCUGAAAAGAAACCAUUAAUAAUAUGGAUACAGGGCGGUCCUGGUCUCGCGGCUACUGGUAUAGCUAAUUUUGCUGAAAUCGGACCCCUUACUAUGGAUAUGAAACCUCGGAAUCAUACAUGGGUAAAAGGGCAUAAUCUAUUGUUGAUAGAUCACCCAGUCGGGACUGGUUUUAGCUAUGCUGUUAACAAAUCAUUACACGUUAAAACAGAUAAAGAUGCAGCAAAAGAUCUUCUAAGGAUAAUUAAAGCUUUCUUCAGGACAAACAAAGAAUUUAGGAACACACCAACGUAUCUCUUUGGUCAAAGCUAUGGAGGAAAAUUAUGUCCAAGAUUGGGAUAUUAUUUACAUGCGGCUAUAAGAAAUAAGCGUUUAAAAAUGAACUUUAAAGGAAUUGGUAUCGGUAGUGGAUGGGUUGAUCCAAAACACAGCACUUUAGUACAACCAGGAUUCCUAUAUGAUAUGGGUGUCAUUGAUCUACCUACUUAUACCAAAACUAUAAGAAUUGCUAAAAAGACGGGUUAUUUGAUAGAGAAAAAGGAAUAUGUGACCGCAAGUGUACUGCAAGACACGAUGUUCAAUAUAUUGAACAUAGAAUCUGGCAUGAAGAUAAACUUUAAUAACAUAAAUCAAGUUAGCCCUGACCAAGCCUUACAAGAAUUGACAUACAAAGUGAAUAAAUAUGUGAAGCCUACAUUGACUGAAGUAAAUCAGAAUUUGAAUUGGAAUUACGUAUCGGAUGUAAUUUUUAAUAAUUUAAACAACAGCUUCUUGAUACCAUCUACUAAAUUCUUAGAGUCAUUGCUGAAUCAUACACAGUUAAAAGUUGCAAUUUACAAUGGAAAUUUAGAUGUGGUGACCCCUCUCGCUGGUGCUACUAAUUGGGUUCACGCACUUAAAUGGCAUGGAGCUCACGAUUUUAUGAAUGCUAAACGUAUACGCAUAAGAGGAAAUGCAAAUGGCUUUUUCAAAACUGCCAAACAUCUAAGCUAUUGGUCAGUUUUCGGAUCUGGACAUUGGGUCCCCGAAGAUAAUCCUGAAGCAAUGGAGCAAAUACUGGAGUAUUUGAUGAGUGAUACUCAAAAUCAAGACUUGUUUAAU